GUUGCGAAUGUCCCCAAAGUACUUUCUGCCUGUCUUUCGCCUCUUUGUCUAGUUACACCCUCCCGUGUUCCAUCUCACAGUUGUGAGACAUGAAAACAAUGUAGAGUAUUUCAAGGACGACCUGGUGAAUGCUCAGAUAAAACGAUUCCCAGGCUUUAACCCGCAACAUUCCCCCAUCUGCCUCUCAUUUUGCCCAGUUCAUCAGGCCUCGCUUGCAGCAUCUCCUGACGAAAGCGCAAGUCUGCUGUAAGUCACAGAGUUAACGGUUGCAAACCAAACUGACGCACGUCCAUCACGUUCAGAGGCACCUUUUUUGUGUAGUAGAGGCGACAGGUUGAAACAACAACAUUGUAACUGGAGUUUAACCGGACGAGGCAACAGCAUAAUUUUGAGACAUGUCUGUGGCGUUAACCUUGCUGGUCGUGCUCCUGGCCUCCUGCCCCCUGGGCAGAACGUUCCUGCUGCAUCUGUCGGAGAAGGAGGCUGCAGAUCCGGGUGCGCCAUCCUCGCCUACCCAACAACCCAACAGGUGCCAAGGGGACAUGCAGCAGGCCAUCCGCAACAGCCUCCUGCGGGGCCUGAACCUCCAGCACGAGCCCCUGCACCAGAGCACCAAGAUGGCCGAGCUCAGGGACAAGUGGAAGGCGGCGCUGAGGGCCAGCGGCUACACCGGCCAAGCUGUCCAUUCCCCCGCGUCCACCACAGGUAACGAGCAAGAUCCUGAGGCUGCUGCUAUGGGACAACCCUGUUGCCAGAUGUCCUCACAGGUUUUCAUCACAGACUUGUGCUGGGAGAACUGGGUCAUCUAUCCAGAGAGCUUCACCUUUACCCAGUGUAGUGCAUGCAGCCCACAGCCAAAGCCAGCUGACGUCCCCAGCCCUGAAGACUCCGGAACAGGGAUCUCCCCACAGGUGUCCUGCUGCCAGCCGGUUGCCUAUGACCUGGUUCCUUUCUUCUACCUGGAUGGCAGUGGCUCCCUGGUGAUCUCGUCCGUGCCAAUGGCCCACCAGUGUGGCUGCGUGGGCCAACCGCUGCUCAGCGUCCAUGAAUCAGCUUCACGUUUCAGUAACACGCCACCACCCCUCCACCACAAAUAGCUCAGUGUGAUCUGUUUGGGAGAGGUAUACCCUCAUCCAUCCCUAAUGCACAGAAGUUUUUUUUUUUUAGAUUGGUUCAAGUUGUGACUUUCAAGACAUAGCCUGGAAGAAGAUAGCAUUUGAUACAGGUUAUGGACACAUAUAUUUCACUGGAGUCAAAACAGUUAUUGUGUAUCUGUGUAGCUAUAUGAGGUUGUGAAGUUUAUUUGUUUAAAUUGCUGCUGGCUGCUGUGUUGCUUCUGAGACCUCAGAAUCGUUUUUAGUUUGGACUUCCCCCCGGUUCUGAGAACAAGUCUUUCGGGGGAAAUCAGCUCUCAUAUUUCAUCCCUCCCUGGCAUGAUUUUGGCGCAGUACGAGAGAGGAUAGCUACUUGGUGUUCCCUGCAAAAAUGUGAGCACUCAUAAAGAGUGUUCUUGCCAGACAUUCCCACAGUUAACCCUGUAACGUCAGCAGUGGACCCUUUUCACGUGGAUACUCUCAGUUGUGGCCUUGAAACUGGGUUGUGAACUACUUUCAUGAGUUGUUUUUAUUGUGUGUGUGUUUUUUUUUUUUUUUUUGAUUGGCCACCCUUGUUCAGUGUCGUUUGCUUGAACUCAUUGUGUCAACAACAAAAGUAGCAGUCCACUGGGGAAAAAAAAUCAAUAUACCCUUUCUUUGAAUAGCACUUGGAAUCCCUUAAACUUUCCACGAUUGUUCGAUAUAUUCUAGGCAUUAGAGUGUUGAAUAGCACUCCCAACUAUUUUUCAACACUGCUCACUUUGGGAACAAGUGGUUCUUCCCACAGGCAGUCGAAAACACAUUUUAUUUAGAACAUAUCGGCUACUUUGUAAUCCACUCCUGACUUUUCUGCAACAUGACUGCAUGUAUACGUGUAAGGUUCUCAUGGGUUGAGGUGGCUUGUGUGUGUGACUGGCUUGUUUUAGUCAUGCCUAUCCAAGCUAUAUUAUGUCUGCAAGUUCUGUACUGGAACAUUCCAGGUCACGUCACCUGAACAUUCUACCUUAUGAAAAAAACAUCUUGUUUACUUUUUGAGAACAUGGCUCUCUUGUUUCUUCACUUGUCAAACAUCACAGUAUUUUUUUCACUCAUGUGUUUAUGGUGUGUAUUACUCUUUUUAUAUAUAAAAACUUGCUUUUGUGUAUUUUAUGUAGCCUUUAUUUGAAUCAACCCUGUAGAUAAGACUUGAUUCCUUACCAACACUAACAGUUUGUCAUUAGAUAAUAUAGCUCCUACAAUUAAACACACAACAAAUAUGUUCACUUUGUACCAAAAGUAUUUAUGUUACUUGCAUGCAUUUUAAUGAAUAAAAAUGGUAUAUAAAAAACA